GAGAUAAACCUAGCUCGCCUCUCUUCACAUUUUCUCUUUCGAAGACCCUAGCUUUUGGAGGCUUGUGGGAGACAGAAACAGUAGAAUUCCCACUCAGCCAAAAUGGGUAUUUCUCGUGAUUCUAUGCACAAGAGACGUGCUACUGGAGGCAAGAAGAAGGCUUGGAGGAAGAAGCGCAAGUACGAGCUUGGAAGGCAAUCUGCAAACACAAAGCUGUCAAGCAACAAGACGGUUAGGAGGAUUAGGGUACGAGGUGGGAAUGUGAAGUGGCGUGCACUGAGGCUUGACACUGGAAACUACUCGUGGGGUAGUGAGGCAGUUACCCACAAGACGCGUAUUCUUGAUGUGGUCUACAAUGCAUCCAACAAUGAGCUGGUUCGUACCCAGACUUUGGUUAAGAGUGCGAUUGUUCAGGUUGAUGCUGCACCAUUCAAGCAGUGGUAUCUCCAGCACUAUGGAGUUGAUGUUGGUCGCAAGAAGAAGACUAUAGCUUCUGCCAAGAAAGAAGGGGAGGAGGGUGAUGCUGCUGCUACUACUGAGGAGGUGAAGAAAAGCAACCAUGUCCAGAGAAAGUUGGAGAAGCGUCAACAGAAUCGCAAUCUUGAUGCACACAUUGAAGAUCAAUUUUCUGGUGGUCGUCUAUUAGCUUGUAUCUCAUCACGACCUGGUCAAUGUGGUCGUGCUGAUGGAUAUAUCUUGGAAGGCAAAGAGCUGGAGUUCUACAUGAAGAAGCUCCAGAGAAAGAAGGGCAAAGGAGCUGCCUAAAAUUUUGUUACCUCAAUCUCAUUCUUGCAUAUCAGAAUUUUAUUUUUGAUGACCUUUGUUUCCUCUCCAGUAGACAUUGAGGUUAAGCUAAGAUGAACGAUUUUUACCAAAAGUUUAUUCUUGUUUGACUUUUGACUUGAUCAGAUUAUUAUUAAUGUCCUUUGUUGUGGUUAA